AAACUGCGUAGCUUAAGCAAUUGGACAGGAUGUCAGGUGAAGAUCCAUGUCCAUGCUGAUCCACUCGAUGAAGUUACUAUUAAUCUUUAGUUGUUUUUUCAAGACAAUCUUGUCAGCUUAGGUCAGAGCCCAAUUUAAUGUGAAAUUCCUAAUUUAUAUGUCAUUGGUAACAGAGGCUAGGUUCAGUGGCCUGGCUAAUUAAGGCAAUACCCGAUGCGGGUAAACAAACCAUCAUGCACCAAUUUUGAAGCUCAAUUUAGUGUUGAUAUUUUAGUUCACUCAACCAGCUAGCAACCUAAAUGGAAACUGCAAUUAACAUGAACUAAACUAUGUUUAGCUCCCAUAUAACCAUAUAAAGCGAAUAGACAAAAUGUGACACGUUCUAAGAUUUUCUCCAUUAAAUUUUAGGCAGUUUUCUUAGUCAUUUGUCAACCUGACACUCAAAAUUAAUUUUACCAAAGUUGUUUUUCUAUUCUUUCUGUUUCUUUUUGAUGUAAUUCAGGCUUUAGGUUUUAGUUGUUUCAGAAAACAAUUGUUAAAACAGUUAUAUACUUAUUUUAAAAGAACUACUCUGAUAAUCCUGGUAGAAAAAAGGUAUUCACAUGCAUGAAAUAAAAACACUGGUUUGUUUCAGAACAUUGAGACAGGAAAAUGACAGUACCAACACCUUGUGAACAUGACAAAGACAUAACAAAAGAUGCUAUUGACCAGAUUUUUCUCCAACCUGUCGAAACAUUGGAAAUGUUGAUGAACUCAUUUAGUACAGAUCCUACAUCUCUAAAUAUUCAAUCUGGUAAUUUGGCAAAUAUAGUCAGCGAAUCAACUGUAAAUGGAGAGCAUUUCAAAUUAGAUUCUGAUGAUGAUCAGAAAUGUUCAGUUGGUGGCUAUGCAGAUAAUGAAAUUCAAAAUGUGAUGUUACCUGAAGGUACAAGUUCUCAGUCGGCAUUAUUCUUAGAAAAGGGCACACCCCUUGCAAAAGUAGAUAACUUUGUUGAUGAAACCGAAAACAUAAUAAUUUCAUCUCCUGCUUCAUCAAAAAGUAGUGGAGUUGUAUUCGCACCGAAACAAAUCAAGCGCACUGAUGAUAAAGAAGAUACUGCAAACUACUUAAAUUUGAAGGGAUGUGCUUCUGAAGCAAACUUUAAAGUGGAAAUGAUUAACUCAGUUCAUCAUGAUGACCCUUUACCUGGGGAAGCUGUUGUAUAUCAAAAGCCUUCGCCCAUUGUUAAGUCCACACAACUUCUUCUUUCACAGAGUACAGAAAAGAUGGAAUGCCACCACGAAGAAAAGAAUGACGAUUCCGUAGAAAGUUUUAAACUUGAUGAAAAUUUUGACUAUGAUCAAGUUGCAUUCACACCAAAAUUUGACGCAAGCAUUGUGAACUUACCACAGCGAUAAGUCGAAUAAAUUAUGUAACCAUUUUUUAAUUAUUUAUUCAAUUGUAAUUGUACAGCUGGUAAAUAUUGUAAAUAUCUCUUGUUUAGAAAUUUUUAAACUCCUUGAUAAUAUAUAGAUCAAAUUGU